AUGAUAGCUGACCCCCUGUCCAACGUGGAAUUGCAAUUUGAUACAAGGGAAUCUGCUAUUGCCUAUGCUGAAACUCAAGUGAAUAAUUUUUUGAAAUUUAGUUCCUCCCAAGGUUGGAAAUAUAAAGUAGAUGAGCCAAAGAGGACAUCUAUCAAACCAAAGAGCUAUGGUGCCAAUUUUUCAUGGAACAAGCGCACCCGAAGCUCUACAAAAUAGAAUGUUUAGAAGACUAUGUGAAAUAAUUAACUCAUUUGUUUGAUGUUUGUUUGGUAAUAAAAUUUCAUUGUAUAUCGAUCCAUAAGCUGUGUGUUCAUGAUAAAUUGUCUUGAAAGUGAUUGGAG